AUGAAGCUCGUGAAGAGCGUUGGGGCUGAUGAGACGAUCGACUAUACAGCCGUGUCCCUUCCCGACCACCUUGUGGAUGUUUACUCUGCGCGGCCUUUUGACGCAGUCGUCGAUACGGUCGGACAAUCCCAGCCACUCUACCACCGUUCACCACAGUACUUGGCUCCUGAAAAGCCGUUUCUGUGCAUUGGGACCUAUUUGGGCGACGAGCUCACCUUGUACAACGUGUUUCUAUCUGUCCGCCCGCCGCUAUCAAACAGAUUGUGGCCCAAAAUCCUCGGCGGAACACCACGGGCAUGGGAGUUCCUGAGCGGCGAGGAGCGUGUUGGAACGUCCCUGAAGGUGGUUCAUUCUAUGGUCGAAGCUGGAAAGGUGCAACGCAAGAUCGAUUCGGUUUUCGAUAUGGAUGAUGUAACGGCGUCCUUCGCCAUCCUGGCCCUUCUCGGCGCCAUUGCCAUCGCCCACACCUACGCCGUGCCUGAUCAGGACACCGCAGUCUACCCCUGCACCCCGGAUGCGCAAUACAGCCUCGACUGCGAGCAACCCCCCGUCACGAAUUUCUGCGCUCGAAGCAAGAAGAGCUGCUGCAACAGUGACGGCGCGCUGUACACCGAGGACCUCCUUCACUGCGGCCCCGACCAGUGCCGCUGUGUCGCUACCUAG